UUGCUCUUUUUACUCAGGGAAAAAAAAUAAAAGGAAGAAUCAACUAUUGUUAUAGAUCUCAUGGGACUCUUUCCACCAUGCUGGUUUGAUCCCAUAGUUGCUCCCUUGGGAUUUUGGUGGCUGAAAAUACAAUUGUUGUUUGGUUGAUUCGUUGCUAUUAGAGAGGGAGAUGGGAAGGGGAAGAAGAAAUAGUGAGGGAGGUUAAAGAGGAGACAACAGAUGAAUACAGAUCUGCAAUAAUCAAAAGCUACUCCUUCCAGUGGUGGGGGAAAGUUUGCACAGGAUCUGGCAAUGUUAGUCUGUCCUUUCUCGCCCUUACUCCUUUGAUUUUUUAUGUGUGAUCUUGCUUUGAUCUCUGUUGGAUGUGUGGAAUAUGAUUUAUAUUUCCUAGGUCCUCAAGAAUUACCAUGUGGUUUUUGGUGCAUAUAUGCAGAAUCGAGGGUACAAAUAUGGAGACUUUCCAACAAUUAUUUUAUUUGCUUAAUCUUCUGGUGUUAGUUUACUAAGAACAUACGUGUACAUGAUCCUUUGAAUGGAAGGCCAUAUAUUUGGUUCUCUGAUACCUUCUGCUGCUCUAUCUACCAAAUGAUUAGUUGAACUAUUAAUUAACAGGACAUGACCAAUUAGUUGUUCACUUCAUCAUUGGGUAAACCCAUUAGUUGUUGGCAUGUCGUUGUGGAUUUUCAUUACAUAGAAACUUUGUCUUUACCAUGGACAAAAGAUUGUGGUAUGUAUUGCUUUAUUUUCCCUUUUUAAAGGCCUUCAUUUCUACAUAUAUUUGUUGAUUGCUUACUUGAAAGAAUUAGCAGAGUAUACCUUCUAUAUUAUACACACCGCUUGGUAGAUUGUAGCAAUGAGUUGUUUUUGCUUCAUCUAACCGGUCUAUGUUACUUGGCAAUUAUUAGCUCAAAUGGUGUAUUAGCCUAACUAGCUAAUUGUAUGAUCUCUGGUCUCCUUUCUCAUGAUCCCAAUCAAUCAAUUGGAUAGUGGAAAUGGGUGGAGUGGGUUAAUUAUUUGGAUAUUGAAUGACUUUCUACUACAGAAAAUUCAAACAAUUGAUAUUUUAUGUUUUUAGAAAAUAUUGGUUAGGUACUGGACUACUGCGCACUUCACCUGUGAUUAUUCUACCUGCUUUGUUCAGCUUUGGUUCCUCGAUUGUGUAUAGAUUAACACAUAUAUAUCCUCAUGGCCCAAUCCUGGUUAGGAGUUAGGACGUUUCGUGCACAUCAGUUUCCUUUUCAGUUGCAUGGUAUCUAAGAUGCCACUUUCUAAUGAUUUAUAUGUUUGCUGCUGGAAUUUGUCAUUUUAUCAAAAUAUCCAAUAACAAUACCAAUGUAUGGAUUGUCUAUAUCUGAAAUCUUAUUCCAAGUUGUUUAUUUUUUUGGUAGUAGGACUACUAUUGUUUUACAGUGGGAAGACACAUUUAUUUCUGUCAAACUCAUGCAAGGUAACCUGUCUCGCCUUCUCACAUAAUUUCUAUUGAAAGAAGAGUGAACUUCAGCUUUAUGAAUACAUGUGAAAUGCUUCUGUUUUUAAGGGGGGCAAGUAGAUUUAGUCUUACAAACAUAAUACACAACACUGAUUAAUCAUAGGUAUUCUCUUUUUAUCAUUGUUUUAUUUUCUACUAAGUAAGUUUUCUUAAUUGGUGUCUUGCAAAUAUCGUAUUAUUAAUAUUUAGGCAUAGUAUCAUAAUUAUCCGUGGUUCGUUUUUUUAAAUCACUAGAUUCAUUUGCCCAGUUAUCGAUUUGUAUAUGUGUGCUUAUUUGCCAGGGAGAGUUGUAAGACCAAAAUUGGAAACACUUACGUUCUGGUGUUUGUAAUAUUUUUCAAUUUCCUCUUACAUUCGUAGAUUAGAAAUAAAGUAAUGGCCUUGGUUUUGAUCUUUUCCUUAAAUCCCCCCGAGGAGGAGAGCUUGCAUAUUUAGAUAUAAAGUAAUGGUCUUGGUUUUUUUUCUCUCGGGUCAUGAAUCCAUAUUCCUGAAUUCAUUCAUUUAGUGGCACCAAUUAUUUGACCUAGGAAAUAAUUGAAUAUGAACCUCUUGGUGAUGGCCUUCUCAAUCCAUCAAUAUAUGCAAGGGACGAUAUUUCCCAUUGGGUUAGGAAAGCUGUUAUGUAUGCUUAUUAACUGAACAUUUUUUUGAGGUACCCAUUCAUCACUACCACUAUCUGGCUGUCAAUACGUAUGCAGCCAUGCCUCUCACCCUAGAUGGUACAAGUAGAGGAGAAGAACCCUGAGGUUACAAGCUCAGAUUUCCUAUAUUUUUUCUGAGAUGCACGUUCUCUCUGUUGAGGGCCUGAAAUUUUCUGUCUUCCUAUGACUAGCACCUUUUUCCAUCGGUUAUUCAAUUGUAAAGGUGUGCUCCAGGAACGUGUGUCAUGCUCGACCCUGUUGGAUGAUCUGCAACUUCUGAGGUCGACAUUACAAAGAUGUUGCCAUGAGGAUGAAAGAAAGAGAUGCAGCAGAGUUUUGUACAUACGUCUUUCACUAGCUAUGUUGUGGUGCCAAUGUGGCCGGAAGGUGCUCCUGAAAGUGACUCUGUUCAGGCAAUACUAGACUGGCAGAGAAGGACGAUGGACAUGAUGUACUACAACAUCGCCAUUGCACUUGAGGGCAAGGGGAUCGACGCGAACCCCAAGGAUUACCUCACCUUCUUAUGCUUAGGGAACAGGGAGGUGAAGAGGAGCGGUGAGUAUGAACCUGCAGGUCGCCCAUUGGAUGGAUCAGCCUAUGAAAUGGCACAAAAGGCUCGGCGGUUCAUGAUCUAUGUUCACUCCAAGAUGAUGAUAGUUGAUGACGAGUACAUCAUCGUUGGAUCUACCAACAUCAACCAGCGGUCAAUGGACGGGGGUGGGGACAUCGAAAUCGCCAUGGGCUCAUUCCAGCCGCACCACCUAAACACCAAAGUCCAGGUUGCCAGAAGGCAGGUCCAUGGUUUCCGGAUGUCGCUGUGGUAUGAGCACCUAGGCAUGCUGCACAACGAUUUCCUCAACCCGGGGAGCCUGGAGUGCGUCCGGAGGGUGAACAAGAUGGCAGACAAGUACUGGGACCUCUACGCCAGUGAUGAGCUGAACGACAACCUCCCCGGGAACCUCCUCACCUACCCGGUCAUUGUGACGAAGGAUGGCACCGUGACAGAAGUACUUUUAAUAGACUUAUUCAUCUUUCUCUUUCAGAAUCGGCUAGAACAGGAGCUAGCGAUGCCUGUAUAAUUUGUAUCAUUUAAAUACCAUGUUACUCUUCAUUGAAAAACACUUUAUCAUCAUAUUGAGUGUAUCUAAGUGCAUGUUAUUGAUGUA